GGAUGAGGCGUGAGGAGGUGAGCAGAGACCAUGACAGCAACUGCGCAAGAGCCGUGUGGCUGCUGGGAGGUGCUCUGAGAGACACAGGAAAUGAGGUGGAGCACACCAGCAGCCCACAAAGACCUUCCUGGCUGUCCUAGACAGGGCCAAGCAGCAACCCCACCGUGGCCUUGGUAAGUACCUGCCCCAUUCUCCCUCCUGGGCCAGUCCUCAGACCUCUCCAUACCCUGGGAUCUGGGAGGGAUGAACCCAGCCUGGAUAGGCCAUUGAGACUUAGCUGUAGCCAGGUUAGUCAGUUUGGGCCCCUGUUGUGUAAGAUGCCUACACUCCAAGCUUGAACAGACAGGCCCUCACUUCAGAAGACUGCUCACCCUGAACUCUUGGGUGAGCACAUAAUCAGCUCUUCUAGGGGCAACUCCAGGAAAAGCAGGGAUCCUGGAAAGGGAGGGAUAGGGUGGGGAUACUUGGCCUUCAUAGCAGCUCCUCCUGUUCAGUGAGCCCCCCAACUGCUUAGCUUCUGUAGUGAGUACUCUAGAAACAUCACCUGACACAAGGGGUCACUCCUGGGCAGUGGUGGUCGGAGGUGAAGUCUGUGGUCUGUGGCUCAAAGUCAGAGAUGUCAGAGAUUUCCCCAGCGGGUGGGUGUGAGUUACAGUGAGUACAGCCUUGUCCGGGUCAUAGUCGCCCUGACCGUGUUCCUCCAUCUCUAAUAACUAAGGGAGUAGACAGAGCUUCACUCUUGUACCAGGAACCCUAGCCAGAGAAGGAAAGGUGGGUGCCCAUGGGUCUGAGCAAAGAUGCAAAGCCUGGGGGUUUCCGGUGUGCUGAGUCAACCAGGGAGGAAGAACCCACCAGCUGGGCGAGGGCUGCAGUAGAGCUGCAGGUGUGUGCUGGUCCCUGGGCAGCCCCCAGAGCUCAUUCUUCUGUCCCCAGGUCCCCCUUCCCUGCUUUAUAGGAUGAGGCCACCAGUGCCUUCAGCCCCACUAGCCCUCUGGGUCCUGGGGUGCUUCUCCCUGCUCCUCUGGCUGUGGGCCCUGUGCACAGCCUGCCACAGGAAGCGGGCUCAGAGGCAACAAACUGGGCUGCAGGGCAGUUUGAUACCAGUGGAAAUGGCCCACGUCCGCUCCCUCAGCAAGUCUGACACCAGAUUGCAUGAGCUUCGCCAAGGCCUACGCUGCAGCAUAGCCCCACGGCCUGCUAGCAUGGAUCUCCUGCAUCCACACUGGCUGGAGGUAUCUAGGGGCAGCACCAGGUCUCAGGUAACCCCCUCUGCCUUCCCACCUCGGCAGCUGCCCAGGGCCCCUCCUGCUGCCCCUGCAACUAGCCCUGAGGCCACUUAUUCCAAUGUCGGACUGGCUGCAAUUCCCAGGGCCAGCCUGGCUGCUAGCCCUGUGGUGUGGGCUGGAACACAGCUGACCAUUAGCUGUGCCAAGCUUGGGCCUGGGGCCGAGUAUGCCUGUAUCCAGAAGCGCAAAGAGACAGGACAGGGCUACCACGAAUUGCAGGAGAAGGCUAAGGUGAUCCCAGCUACUCAGAUGGAUCUCCUGUACUCCAGGGUCUGCAAGCCUAAAAGGAGAGACCCAAGACCUGGCACAGAUCAGCCGGAUCCCCAGAGUGGGAGAGGAAUUGUGGCCCUUGGGAGUGAUGUGGAAUAUGAGGCCAUCACUCUCAGGGGCCAGGAUAUGAACCAAGAUCCCUUAGAAAAUGUGUAUGAAAGCAUCAGGGAGAUGGGUCCCUGAGCAGCUGAGGCCUCACAUCCUGUUUAUUAACACACAUUGACACAGUAAGGGUACCAAGGUUUGAUUGCAGAUCCUCCUGUGUCCUUCCACCCCCCACAGCUAACAGCACAAAUUUCAGGUCCAGUCCUUGUGGCCUAAUUAAAUCUCUGUCACAUAA